AUGAGAGACUGGCGAAUAAAGCAUGGUCAAAGUGUUGCGCAAAAAAUGGUGAGGAACAUGACUACAAAAGACAACCCACGUACUCUACCGAUGAAUCUCUAUUUAACAGAGCGGCCUAAAAGUCAGCCAUUUGAUUUCGGGAAGAUUGGAGAGGUCCAAGGAGAAACUACAGAAACAGUAGUUACUGCAAGCGGAAGGGAGAGUGGACGAAAGGAGGGGUCAAGUGAACUUGUCCAGUCGUCUGGUGACAUUGUCUAUCUUGCCUCAGAUAUAUCAUCUUGCAAAAUGAAAUUGUACGUAUUGCAGCAAGAUGUAACUACUGCUACCAAAAAAGCAAGGACAAUGUGCUCAGUUUGAUGUCAAUGUGUUCAAUCGGUUAACUUUCACAAAAGAGGCGGAAAGGGAAAUCAGUGUUAAGGUUAUAUGCGGUUCUUUGAAAGAAAGCUUCGUUAAUGACAAAAUUAUUGAAAUGACUAAUGAACGAAUUUAUACAUUAUCAAUCUCACAUGAUCGGUCAGGUAGAAUCAGUCACCAU